UUGAGAUACACACACACACACACACACAACACACACACAAUGAGUGGUGUGAGCCUGAGCAGAGCUAGCUUACUGGGGUUUGUGCUGGAGGAGGCUGCCGUCCCUGUCUCCUCCAGCAUGGGCUCAGAAGCCAGGGGGCUGGACGUGAUGCUGGAACUGGCAGCAGAAGCUUUCAGGGCGAGGAACUUCCAACUGGCCGCCGACAUCUACCAGUGCCAGCUGAGGGCAAAGCAGCCCGGGGAGACGGAGGAGAUGCACCUGAAGCGUGCCCACUGCCUGGUGCUGGGAGGGCGGCUGAGCGAAGCCCUGGAAGAGUACCAGCUGCUGUCCCAACAGGGCAGGCUGCGAGCCGAGCACCUGGACGUCCUGGUCGGAUACCUGGCCGAGAGCAUGAGGGGCAGCCAGGGCUGGGCGGAGGGAGAGCCGCCGGGCAAGGGCUUGCUGAGCUGCCUGAAGUGCACUGGUACCCUGUUCGAGCCGGUCACUCUCCGGUGUGGUCACAGUUACUGCAAGAGCUGCCUGGAGAAGGAGCGAGAGAGUCACAAAGCCUCCAACCCCUCCUGCAAACUUUGCAAAGAGAAACUCCCCACCGCCGGCGCCUAUCGCAUUAACGUGAUUUUAAACAGUUUCUUAGGCAAGUACUUCCCGGCAGAAAGCAGAGCACUAACUCUUAGACACGAGGGGAACGUCUUAUACAAGAAAAAUAAACCGUUGGCUGCCUUAGAGAAAUAUCACGAAGCAAUCGCAUUAGCCCCAAAAGACCAUUUGCUGUUGAGCAACCGUGCACAGAUUAACACGAAUAUGAAAUACUUUGAAGAUGCACUGCGUGAUGGAAAUGCUGCCUGCAGCAUCCAGCCUUUCUGGCCUAAAGGCCACUUAAGAAAAGCACAAGCGCUGGCUGGGCUACAAAAAAAGGACAAAGCUCUGAAGGAGUAUCUAAUUUGUAUCGCUUUAGAUUCAGAAAAUAAAACAGCAAAAAUGGAAGCCCAAAAGAUUCUGUGUGAUUUACUUUCACCCAUUGCUGAAAAUAUGCACCAGAGGUUACCCGACAUAAUGCAAGUUAUGUCUCCACGAUCUCGAAUUAAGGGAAUUGUCCUGAACUCGCUGAAUUCUAGAAAUUCCAGCAAUGUAUUUGAAAAUUCAUGUAAGGUAAGUGUCAGUACAGCUGGCAUUGACCCCAAACAAGAAUGGAAGGCUCACUCCUACUGUAACCUAACUAAGCCAGCUCAAGGGAUAAGCAACAAUCAGGACACACUGAAAAACUUGUCCAAUGAAUUAGCCUUGACUACUUCUGAAAAGAAGAAUGCUUUGAAAACAAAACAUAAUCCAAUUGCAGAAGAUAAACCUGGGACAACAGAAUGCUACAACAAAUGCACUAAGCGAGCCAGAUUACAGAGCCCAAGCAGAGAACAUGAUGUCCUACCAAAGCUCGUUGAUGCGUUUGACCUGGAGUGUUCCCUGUGUAUGAGGCUGUACUACGAACCCAUCACCACACCCUGCGGACACACUUUUUGUCUUAAAUGUAUUGAACGAUGCAUGGAUCACAGUCCAAAAUGCCCUCUUUGUAAAGAAGUCCUGCCUGAGUAUCAGGCACUGAGAAAGUACAACAGAACUGUUCUAAUAGAAGAACUAAUCGUGCAUUACUUGCCGGAAGAACUUGCUGAACGAAAAAGAGUGAAUGACGAGGAGAUGGCAGAAUUGUCAAAUCUCAACAAAGCUGUGCCAAUAUUCAUCUGCACCAUGGCGUACCCCACUGUACCAUGCCCACUGCACAUCUUUGAACCUCGCUAUCGCUUAAUGAUCCGGAGAUGCAUGGAGACUGGCAACAAGCAGUUUGGAAUGUGUUUAAGUGAUCCGGUUAAAGGUUUUGCUGAUUAUGGCUGUAUGCUGGAGGUCAGAAGCGUCGAGCUGUUUUCAGAUGGUCGUUCAGUCGUAGACACCAUUGGCAGGAGAAGGUUUAAGGUGUUACGACACAGUGAAAAGGACGGCUACAGUACGGCAGAUAUUGAAUACCUUGAAGAUAAAAAGGUAGAGGGAGAGGACUAUGCUGAACUUGUUCGUCUACAUAACUUGGUUUAUGAUCAGGCAUACAUGUGGUUCAGCUCACUCAAGCAAAUAUUGAAGACUCGAAUUCUGAGCCACUUCGGACCAAUGCCAAGGAAGGAUACAGAUAUACAGGCAAGUCCGAACGGCCCGGGCUGGUGUUGGUGGCUGCUGGCCGUGCUCCCACUGGAAAGUCGGGCUCAACUUCCCUUUCUCGCGAUGACAUCGCUUCAAGAACGCUUGAAUGGCAUUCGACGUGUGUUAUUAUUCAUGUCGCGCAACUGCCCACGGUGACUGAUUGCCUGGUUUGAGUCUCAGCUCGCUUGUGUGCUGUGGUAGGAACUCUUGUUGCCACCACACAAGUGACGCUUUUCUACAUUCAUGUCUUACUGAAGUAGCCCGAUGAAAGGAAUCUCAUCUAGUGAAGGAUGUGCAUAGUCAGGAUGAGUGUUACUGAUAAUAUAAUCAAUUGACGGCAUUUAGUGUUAAAAUCUCAGUACAUUUUUGUGACUAUUUUUACAGCCUGAAUCCCAAAAUAUCUUAUUUUGAGAAUGUAUAUUUUUGUUAAGUCAUAUGUAUAUUUAUGGAACAACAGAAGUUUUUAAAUUAUUUAUGCUUUCUUAUCUACUUAGAAUUCAGUCUGUGGUCAAGCUAAAAUAUCCGCAAGGAAUAUACAAACUACAAAGUAGUUUGAAACAAUGACAUUUUGUCCUAAAGGACAUGAUGAAGGGAAUGUAUUAUUUAUGUCUGGAAAACAAAUAUGCUGGGUGGUACAGAUUUGCAUGCCACUUCUUUUCUGAGUGAAUCUUAAAGCUUUUACAUUUCCCUCAAACAUAUACUGCAAGUAAUAUUUUCUUGUUACUCUUUUUAAAGUACCUUCCGCUCUCCAUUCCCUGGCUUCUGAACUAACUGAAACCAAGAAAGCAGGUGGGCAACUGAUUUACCAGUGCCCAACAACAGUUUGAUGAACUAGCUUCAAGAAAGCAUGCCAGAGAAGGCCAGUGUUGACAAACCCCUUUGAUUUUCCUAUUGUCUUGCACCCAACCACCUCCCCCACCCCCCCUCCACUCCACUCCGUUGGCCUGCAUUUAGUGCCUCCCUGCAGUGACACAACUGAGAUCAGGGACUUAAACUCUCUCCCACUGCAGCUUAGUGCUCUGACCCAUUGUACCACUCUGCCACCCACACAUUUUUCUCAAGUUAAGAUGUACUUAAAACAUGAUGUUGCGUAGCAUUUAUAGUUAUAAGAGACACCUUGUCUUCCAUGGACACCAUUGCGUCCAGCACAAAUUAAAUACAAGAACGGACCACUUAGUCUGGGGACGUUUGGGUUUUUUUUUACUUGAAAACAUGUUUGCACUUCGUCGGAUUUUGGAUUCCCAUUAUAUUAUCAGUAACAUUCAGUUUAACCAGAAAAUUUGCACAUUCUUUCUCAUGUGUUCUCAUAAAGCCAAAGUUAAAUAUAUUUAUUAUCUUAUUUUUGCAACAAUCCAUGUCAUGUGCACACAGCAUUCGGAGGUGUGCAAUAAUUUAACCUGCCUAUACCGACAAAAUCUGUCACAUUCUGCGUGAAGUAUUAUAUCAUAUAUCUUAAGAAAAACAUUGGACUUAAUAUACUAAUGUAGAUUAGGAUAGGGUAGCAGAAUUCUGCCUUUUAGUACUGUUUGGUUGAGAACUGUAUGUUUUUAAAACACUGUAUUCGAAUCAUGUACUUUUGUUUAGAUGUAGUGAGUGUGAUUGUGCAAUUGAUUUUUGUCUAAACACAAUCCUGACUAGUCGAUGCCCCUAGCCUUAAUAACUCUGUUAAUUGCAUUUCUGACAGUUAGCACAACUGGACUAUGUUAAGUGCAUUUCAACUGACCCCACAAUCUUUCAUGCUUGAAUGUAAUAUAUUGCUUCAGUGUAACCACUCAGAUAAAGCUGUGAAGUAAUUUUAAAGGCCUACCUACCAACUAAAGCCUAGGGGGUUUGACACUGGCUUAGCCGGGUUUUCUCACGAUAGCCUGUGCUGUUUGCAUUGAGUGGGUUCAGGUAACAGAGUUCUGAUUAGAAUCGAGCCCCAAGUUAUUUACAUUUGCGCUGUCUUCAGGUAUCACUCAAUCUGAAAAUUUAAGAAUUGAGAGGCACUGUUUUCUGACAUCAGAAAGAGAGAACGUCCAGAUUAGCAGUAUGCUGUUUCCAUCCCUGGGGUUUCAUUGCAACGAAUGGCACAUUUUGAUGUGGUGAGUUAACGGCGUUUGACAAAUAAGUACAAUUUACCAGACAAUUUCAGUGAAACAACUGUGCCUCUUUCACCUAUAUUUCCUUUUAAAUUAUUCACGCAUAUUACUAAUGUAUCAGUUUAGCCUGCAUAGUCCAACAUUCCCUCCCCCUCAAACAGCUUUCUUUAUCACAAACUAUCACAGUCUGCUUAACAUAAGAUGAAAGUCCUGACCUUACCCUUUAUCAUUAUUGUCCCCUCCUUUGCAAAUUGGUCUGCUGUGUCCUGAACUGGAUAAUGAUGCAAAUGAAGAACUGAUUUCAAUAUCUAAAUUUCCAUUAUUUGACACUGCAGAUGGAACUAGAAUUUUGUUUAGCCAUUUGUUCAGCUGAAGUAGGUGAACACCCAUUUUGGUGCAUUAUACCAUGUAUAUAUUUACAGGGGAAGCUCACAAGAAAGAGCACAUGAGAGAUGGACCUGGCCAAAGUAGGUGCGUACAUGCAUUGUGUUACAUACUAGUGUAAAGCAACUUCAAUUUCACAAGUUAGAUGCAGAUGAUGGAGUCCGUUUGAACCCAUCUUAAGACACCCAUCCAAGAUGAAGAAAACAUUACAUUGUCCCAUGCCACCAGGAAUGUAGGGACGGAAGUGGGCAUUCAGCUUGAGCCUGUUUACUAUGAUGAGGUCAUAACCUGACCUGUAUAGGAACAUAGGAUUUAGGAGCAGGAUUAGGCCUUUCAGCCCAUUGAGCCUGCUCCACCAUUCAAUAAGAUCAUGCAGCCAUGGUUGUGGUCACUUUCCUUAAUCCUUGACCCCCUUGUCUAGCAAGUCUAUGUAACUCAGCCUUGGGUAAAUUUAAAGAUCCAGCCUCCACUGCCUUCUGGGGAAGAGAAUCCCACACGCUAAAGACCCUCAGAGAGAAUUUCUCCUCACCUCUAUUUUCAAAGGGAGACCUUAUCAUUCUUAAACUAUGUCCCCCAAGUUCUAGUUUCCCCCACAAGAGGAAAACCUCCCGGUGUCCACUCUAUCCAGUCCCCUCAAGAUCUCAGCUGUUUCAAUAAGAUAUCAUUACUGCACCCGCCUGCCUCUGUAACCCUUAAUUCUCUUGCCCAACAAAUACCUGUCAAUCUCAGUUUUGACAUUUUCCGUUAACCCUAGCUCUUUGAGGGAAAAUAGUUCCAGAUUUCCACUACUGCUUGUGUGAAGAAGUGCUUCCAGGCAUCACCCCGAAAUGGCUCAGCUCUAAUUUUAACCAGAAUGCCCCUUGUUUUGGACUCUGCCACCAGAGGAAGCAGUUUCUCUAUCAAUUCCUUUUAUCAUUUUAAACACCUGAAUUAAAUCACCCUUAAUCUUCUAUAUUCAAGGAAAUACAAGAUCAGUCUAUGCAACCUGUCCACAUAACUUAACCCUUUUAUCCCAGGUAUCACCUGUUCCUUGUGUGCUAGUGUCGCUUUGGCAAUGCUACCAAGAAGAUCAUUCCUGUGGUGAUUUCUUAUGCAUGAAGAAAUCCUUUGUGUCCUAAAUGGUCUUUUCACUAGUUUUAGCCCAUGGUCUCUUGUUCUAGUUUUUCGACUCACACAAUUAACCAUAUUUAAAACAACUUGCAUUUAUAUAGCACUUUUAAUAUAGUUAAACAUCCCAAAGUGCAUCACAGGAACAUUACCAAAGUUUAACACUAACUCACAUAAGGAGAUAUUUAGGACAUUGCUUGGCCAAAGAGGUAGGUUUUCAGGAGCUUAUUCAAGGAGGAUAGAGAGGUAGAAAUGCGGAGAGGUUUUGGGAGGGCAUUCCAGGGCUUAACAUCUAAAUGGUAAACCUUGUUUUGUUUUAUAAGUUUUUCUUCCACUCAUCCUGUUUCAAGGCAAAAGGGCCCAGUUUCUCCAAUCUAUCUUUACAUAGAGUGUACUGUACAAAACCAGGUCAUUCUGCUCAACUGCUCUGUGCUGAUGUUUGUACUCUCUCCUCUCCGACGCUGGGAAUUAUCUCUCUGUGUUUUCUCUACAUUGCCUCCAUAGCUUAAGAUGUCUGACUAGGGCAUGUACAAUUUUAGCCUGACUUCUUCUUGACUUACACCCAGCUGCUCAAGCAUUGUAACCAAGCAUUUGUCCUGGCUGUUGCUUCUCCACAGUAAUUGUAAGCACUGAACUUUUGAAGCCCCAAAUCCCUUUCCAGUUCCCCUCCUAUGCCAUCCAUUGUGAUGCCCAUUUGUCUUGCAGUACAAAGUACCUUACACUCGUCUAUAUUGAAUUUCAUGAAAUGAUGUUACAUUAAGUAACUAUUUGUGUAUUUCAGUGCUGAAAAAAUCUGAACUCCACGGUACUUUACUAUUACUUUGAGCUUUUGCCCCCUCCUUCACCCCACCAUCCAUAUAAUUGAUUCCUGCAUAUCUUAUUUGCGGAGACUAAUAUGAACUUGCUUUCAUUUUUUCCUCUUUCUCACAUUAUCUUCAUUGCAUUUGUUACUGCACUUCAUUUUGUUUCAAAAACUCCCUCUCCUACUAGGCCGCGCAUGCAGAGGGAACAACUGGAGCUUUCGAGAUUGACGUCAGUAAAUUUACAUUGAGUAAGGAUAUGAAGGGACAUGGAGCAAAGGUGGGUGAAUGGAGAUGAGGUGCAGAUCAGCCAAGAGCAAGGCAGGAGGGACUGAAUGGCCUCCUCUUCUUUCUAAUUGCGCAGCGAGUGGUUAGGAUCUGGAAUGUCCACACUAUGACUGUGGAGGAGGCAGAUUCAAUCACGGCUUUCAAAAGUGAAUUGGGUAAUUAUCUGAAGAGAGAAAAAUUGCAAGGCUAAAGAGGAGAAACAAGGGAGUGGGACUAGCUGCGUAGCUCUUGCGGAGAGCCAGCAUGGACAUGACAGGUCGAAUAGUCUCUUUCUGUGCUGUUGCCAUUCAAUGAUUGUAAUGUUCUUCUAUUUUUCUACAGUUAGUAGCAAACCACAAGGGCAGAUGCCUCCUGAAUGUUCUGAGAUUUAAUGUAUCUUCAAUAUUGCAGUCGCUUAAGUAAUAAAUGUAAUUCCUGUGAAAUUAACUGAAGAUUUUGAGUGUCUUUGUGCCCAUCGAUGUUUCUUGGUGACUGGUCACUAUUUUCCAGCUAUGUUUGUGGUUUAUAUUAAUGGGACACUCAAGAAGCAAAUACUUAAACAAACUAAGGUUUGGAAGUGCAAUUAAAAUGAAAUGUCUGUGGUGAGUACAGUUAAGACAACCAUGAUGUUCAAUAAAACCUUGCUUAACCUAUA